CUCUCUCUCUCUCUCUCUCAUCCACCUAUAUAUACAAGCCCCCUCUCUCUCUCUUCCACCUAUAUAUACAAGCCCUACAACUCCUCGACUCUCUCAUACUUUGUUAUCCCUCUCACCGCCAAAAAACACCUUUGUUUAUCUGUCUAUUUUUUUUUUUUCGUUUUCUUUCAGCUAUGGGGUCGGCGAUUCUGCCAGAUCUCGGGACCGAGAUUCUGAUCCCGGCGUGCGCGGUUGUCGGAAUCGUGUUCUCGCUGGUGCAGUGGUUCCUGGUCUCCCAGGUCAAGCUCUCGCCGGCGGGGGAAGCUCAGAACAACGGCAAAAAUGGCUACACCGACUACCUCAUCGAGGAGGAGGAAGGCCUCAACGACCACAACGUCGUUCUCAAGUGCGCCGAAAUCCAGAGAGCCAUUUCCGAUGGAGCAACUUCUUUCCUUUUCACCGAAUAUCAGUAUGUUGGCGUUUUCAUGGUGGCUUUUGCAAUCUUGAUUUUCCUUUUCCUUGGCUCUGUGGAGGGAUUCAGCACGAAGAGCCAGCCAUGCACAUAUGACGCAACAAAAUUGUGCAAGCCAGCUCUUGCAAAUGCUAUUUUCAGCACUGUGUCCUUUCUGCUGGGUGCCGUCACUUCAGUGGUUUCUGGUUUUCUCGGAAUGAAAAUUGCUACAUAUGCAAAUGCCAGAACAACACUUGAGGCAAGAAAAGGAGUUGGCAAAGCUUUUAUAACUGCAUUUAGGUCUGGUGCUGUUAUGGGAUUUCUCCUUGCUGCAAACGGUCUCUUGGUUCUUUUCAUUACUAUUAAUCUCUUCAAGCUCUACUAUGGCGAUGACUGGGAAGGUCUUUUCGAAGCUAUUACUGGCUAUGGGCUUGGUGGAUCUUCCAUGGCUCUCUUUGGUAGAGUUGGUGGUGGUAUCUACACCAAAGCUGCUGAUGUCGGUGCUGAUCUCGUUGGCAAGGUUGAGAGGAACAUUCCUGAGGAUGACCCAAGAAACCCAGCUGUGAUUGCCGAUAAUGUUGGUGACAAUGUUGGUGAUAUUGCGGGUAUGGGAUCAGAUCUCUUUGGCUCAUAUGCCGAGUCCUCUUGUGCCGCCCUAGUUGUUGCUUCCAUCUCCUCCUUCGGGAUCAAUCAUGAGUUGACUCCAAUGUUAUAUCCUCUCAUCGUCAGUUCUGUUGGUAUCAUUGUGUGCUUGCUCACUACCUUAUUUGCAACCGAUUUCUUUGAGAUUAAGGCUGUGAAGGAAAUUGAACCAGCACUAAAGAGGCAGCUGAUCAUUUCCACUGCUCUGAUGACUGUUGCAACUGCUAUUGUUAGUUGGAUUGCCCUGCCACCUUCCUUCACCAUCUUUAACUUUGGAACACAGAAAGAAGUAACGAACUGGCAGCUUUUCCUAUGUGUCGCCGUCGGUUUGUGGGCUGGGCUUAUCAUUGGUUUUGUGACCGAGUAUUAUACUAGCAAUGCAUACAGCCCUGUGCAAGAUGUUGCUGAUUCCUGCCGUACUGGAGCUGCUACUAAUGUUAUCUUUGGCCUCGCAUUGGGAUACAAAUCUGUCAUUAUUCCUAUUUUUGCUAUUGCAGUCAGCAUUUUUGUUAGCUUUAGCUUUGCUGCCAUGUAUGGUAUCGCUGUGGCUGCCCUUGGAAUGCUGAGUACCAUAGCAACUGGAUUGGCCAUUGAUGCAUAUGGCCCAAUCAGUGACAACGCGGGAGGCAUUGCUGAAAUGGCAGGCAUGAGCCACAGGAUCCGAGAGAGAACUGAUGCUCUUGAUGCUGCAGGAAACACCACUGCUGCUAUUGGAAAGGGUUUUGCUAUUGGUUCUGCUGCCCUUGUAUCCCUUGCCCUUUUCGGUGCGUUUGUGAGCCGUGCAAACAUCUCAACUGUUGAUGUGUUGACUCCAAAAGUAUUCAUUGGUUUGAUCGUUGGUGCAAUGCUUCCAUACUGGUUCUCUGCCAUGACAAUGAAGAGUGUGGGAAGCGCAGCUCUGAAGAUGGUUGAGGAAGUGCGCAGGCAAUUCAACACCAUCCCGGGUCUCAUGGAGGGCACUGCCAAGCCAGACUAUGCCACCUGCGUUAAGAUCUCAACCGAUGCCUCCAUCAAGGAGAUGAUCCCACCUGGUGCCCUAGUGAUGCUCACCCCCCUCAUUGUUGGAAUCUUCUUUGGCGUGGAAACCCUCUCUGGUGUUCUUGCCGGAUCCCUCGUCUCUGGUGUCCAGAUUGCCAUCUCUGCCUCCAACACUGGUGGUGCUUGGGACAAUGCCAAGAAAUACAUUGAGGCUGGAGCUUCUGAGCAUGCGAGAACCCUUGGUCCCAAAGGUUCCGACCCACACAAAGCAGCCGUCAUUGGUGACACCAUCGGUGAUCCCCUGAAGGACACAUCUGGGCCAUCGCUCAACAUUCUUAUCAAGCUCAUGGCUGUCGAGUCGCUUGUGUUCGCGCCUUUCUUUGCGACGCAUGGUGGCCUGCUUUUUAAGAUCUUUUAAGCAUUUGACGGUCAGGCACUUGACUCUGAAGAAAUGGUUCAAUACUCUUUGCUCUGUUUGUGUGUCCUCAAGUCCACAUCUCAACCCUCUCCAUUUUUCUUUCUUUGCUGACCCCCCACCUCUUUUUAUUCACUCUCCUCUUACCAAAAGAUAUAUUUCGUCUGUUAAGUCGUGUUAUGUUAUAGCUUCUGAAGAACAGUGUCUUUCAAGGUUGAAUCAACCCAAGAAAUUUUCCCCUUGUAAGGGUCUGAACAUGAUCAUGAUGACGAUGAUAAAUUUUUGUCGAUUUCAAGAGCCGGAGCUCUCUUUUUUAUUUUU